AUGUUCAAUAAGAAACGCUACCAUUACUCAAGAAAAAAGUAUGAUGGCUUUAAUAAUAGAAAACCAAAUGCAACUAAUUUAGCGUCUCCAAGGCAAAACAAUGAUAGACGUCAUUCAUACUUCCCCAAACCAGACCAUAAUAUACGUACAGGAGCCAGUACAAUAAACAUUACAAGGGGUAUUGGAAACCCGCCCCAUAAUAUAGGAACAAAUUCACGAUAUAAUCCAAACUCAAUACCAUUUAAAAGAUACUCUAAUGGUAAACUAUCAACAGAAAAGAGAAUAUCGAACAGUAGAUAUAAUCCAAAUGCAUCCAUAUAUGUCUCGGCAAUUGAACGUCCAAAAUCUGUCCCGAUUACCAUCAACAAUACACGGACCAUCUCUAGAUAUUCAGGGACUAAUACACCAACAUUACUCAAUACAGAGCAAUUAGGAGGUUUUCAUGGAUCUAGGUAUCGGAAACCAGUUCGACAUAGCAUAGGCAAACCAAAUAAAGUGUAUACAGGUUCUGUUAUACCUCAUGAAAAGAGAUACAAUGCAUCAUCUGUGGACAAAACAACUAGUUAUAAAAGGGAAGCAAACAUCAAACAUGGCGGAUUAUUAACUUCAUUAGGUUCAAGUUUAAUAAAUUCAGUAAAACAUCAGACAAAGAGAUUGGAUGAACUUGAGUUAGGAAAUGAUAAAGGUAUAAAACCAGAUCUUUCGAAGAAAUUCUUCAAUGAUAAAAUGGAAGUUGAAAAUGAAUUGGAGAAACAAAAGUUAGUGAUUAAUACUGUUGGAAAGGAUAUCUCUAUUGGCAAAACCACAGCCAUUAAUCGAACCUUACAACAUGAAGAGGGAGAAAAAGAAGAACAUUCUAUUUGCGAACAGAUAUCUAAGAAUAAUUCUACAGAAUAUGAAUACAUAUCUGAUCCAGCAUUGCUCAUAACUGAUUUAACUAACCUGAAGAAGCACCUCGAGUCAAAAAAAGAAAAACUCUCUAAGAGUUGGCAAGUACCUAUAAAUAAACAUGUUUCUUCGUGUAUUUACCCUCUUACUAAAGUUUCGACACAAUUAGCAGGUCUAAGGGAGAGGUUAAUAAAUUCAAAGACAAACUUAGCCGGUAGAAGUAACGUCUGUGAAAAGACUACAAUUAAUUCAUUAAAGGAAUACGAUAUCUUCAAUGCUAAUAUUCUUGAAUACUCAAGCAAUGUUAGAGAAAAGCUCUACCAACGGUUGUCAGCAAUUGAAAAAUACAAGAGAAUACAUGAAUGGACAAUGGAGAAUAGGUCUCGUAAUCUAAAAUCUCAAUGGGAUAUUGACGUAAGUCGAAUGAUAUCAGCGAAUGAACCAGUGACUGACUUUGGUAAUGAAACACAAAUAACUGAAACUGACGAACAAUAUUCUCAACCUUCGAGCACAUCUGAUAUUACCGAGGACACUGAGAUAGGCCUUACAUAUAGUAUAGAACCAAGGCCCCAGGCUCGUUUCUCCCGACGUUUGAAUAGGGCAGACUUUGUAGAUGAUUCAGAAUUAGAAGAAGCUUUUCUCCAAAUUGAUCCCGAUUAUCGACAUCAUCAGCUUGCUGUAACCGUUCCUGACAUAAUUAAAGAUCCUAUCAAAAAACUUUCCACGAAAUAUAAUGAUGUGACUAAUUUGGUAACUGAUAAGAAUGAUUGGGCAUCAAGAAUAUAUACCGAUGGCCAGAUCGACUUUUCGAAAAGAGAACACGAUCUUUUCGUUAAAGCAUAUUUAAUAUAUCCUAAGAAAUUUGGUAAAAUCUCAAAAUACAUGGGUGGGCUAAGAUCUUGUGAAGAGUGUGUUUUGCAUUAUUACAGAACAAAACAUCAAGUGAAUUAUAAAAAAUUGAUAAAACUUCGAAAUAAAAGGAGAAUUCAAAGUACACUUAUUAGAAGAUCUAAAAGGAAAUUAUCUAAUGACACCGCUGAAGAAGAAGAUGAUGCAAAUACUUCUAACACAUACGAAGAUGUCUCUAUAUCUGACAAUAGUGAUGUGGAAGACGAUAACGAGUAG